AUGGUAUUUGCUACAAGAUGUCUUUGGAAAGCUGCUAAUGUACAAGGGCUUAAACAGAAUGUUGGUGCUGGUGUCACCAAGAAACCAAUCUUUUUGAUGGUGACCUCUGUUGGGAAUCCAGAGCUUUCAUAUGGUGGUACAAGACAUAAUGCUGGUCAUCUAGUGCUGAAUAUGACCAGAAUACCAUUCGUUGAUCAUCCUAGAGUUAAAGGUAUACGUUUUGGUAUGGACUUGAAUAAGUCCAAUAUGAUUUAUAUACAAAAUAAUAAUUUUAUGAAUAUCUCUGGAGGUCCAAUAUCAAAAGCAUGGGAUUAUUUCACAGAUAUAAAAUCUAAAACAAAAGAUUGGGAUUUUAAAUAUCUUGUUGUUCAUGAUGAAUUAUCUUUAGAAUUAGGAAAGUAUAAAAUUCGUUCAGGUGAUGCUAGUCUUCGAGGUCAUAAUGGAUUGAAAAGUAUUAAAGGUAGCACUAAUAAGGAUUUCUUAAGAUUAGGUGUUGGUAUUGGAAGACCAGAAUCCAGAAACCCUCAUGAUGUGGCAGAAUAUGUAUUAUCUCCCUUUACGAGGAAAGAAAAGAUAAAGUUAGAAGAGCAAGUUGUUCCUGAAGUGCUAAUGACUAUAGAGAGAAUACGUAACGGAGAAGAAGUUUAA